AUGCCGAGAAUGUCAAUAAUGCAGAUUAAGCGCAUUGCAAAGAGGUUUGAACACAGUGGAUCAGUUGCUGAUGGAAGACAUACAAACAAGGGAAGGCCUAAAUGUGCUCGUUCUAAGGAAAAUAUUGAAAGUGUGAGAACAGUAAUUGAGGAAACUCCCCAAAAGUCUGUGCGACAAGUUUUAAAGGACAAAGACAGUGAUAACACUUGUAUCUCUAGUGUCUACAGGAUACUUCGAUUUGAUUUGCACUUGACUCCAUAUCACAUUUCAAUUAUGCAGCACUUGAAAGACUCUGAUAUUCAUUCUUGGCUGGCAUUUGCAUGUUGGAUUAUAAAGCAGCCGCAGACAUUUCCGGAAACCGUUUGGUUUUCAGAUGAGGCUCAUUUCCACCUACAUAAUGAGGUGAACAAGCAGAAUUUCAGAUUCUGGGGUCUAAAAAUCCACGAUUCUAUACAGAGAAAUCCCUACAUCACGAGGAAGUAA